AUGAGUAAAUUAGAACCUAUUUAUAUGAUGAAUAUCGUUUUGUACUUAGACUCGACGAAAACGUUACACAAGUUCUUUUGUGUGAGCAAAAAAUGUAAAGAGGCAGUUGGAAUGCUUCACAUCAUCCCGUACAGAAUUUCUGAUAACAAACCAACCUCAACCUUCCUUGAAAAGUUUUCGAAAUUCUUCCCAAAGCUUCACACGGUGAAGUGUACGCUAUCAAUGCUAAAUGACAUAAAGCUUCCGCGGAGUGUUGUGUUUCUUAUAGGGUUUAUAACCGCUUCACAAGAAACGAAUUUCCAGUCAAAUUGGCUUCAGAUGUGCGUCGAAGUCCACAUACAAACAAACUGCUUUUCACGAGUGAACUACGCGAAAAUGACAAAUAUCCAAUCUCUCUAUUUAGUCCUUCAAGCCAAUUCCCAAGCUGGAAACGUGUUUUCGGGGAGACAACUUUCGUUCCUGCCGACACUCAAGAAAAUCGUCAUCGACUGCUUUGCAAACCACUUGGAUGGCUUUUUGGAAGAGUAUGACAAAUCAACGAACCUCAAGUUCAAGAAGUCGAUUUUCAAAAUCAGAAAUGCGGAAGAGAAGGACGUUGACAAUUUGUACAAACUGAAUUCGUUUGGCGCGUACGUUGGUCUGUAUUUCCACCAAAUCAGCGAACUUCCAUAUUUUGUGAUAUUACUUCCCUACUUCGGGUACUUAAAUGUUGCUAAAGCAGACGACUUGGAAGCGGAGAAAAUGUACAUUCAAUAUGGGAAGAAGCUCCACCUUUAUAUUGGUUUAAAUAAAAAGACAGAAAAACUUGCUAUUCACAACACACACAUUCAAUCCCUCUGUGUGACUGGUUUAGACUGUUCUAAAAAUUUGACAGUUCCCACCAACCUCCAGAAUUUAAAAUUGACGCGGUGCACGUUACCGUCACUCGACUUGAAAUACGUUUGUCUUGAAAAUGUGACAUUUGAUAAUGUGGUUGUGGAUACAGUAACUUUUCCCUUUACACUAACGGGUCUGACGUGCGUGAAGUCGUGUGUGUCUACAAUACACAACCUUCAUUUACUCAAUCUACCAGCAUCAAAAAUUCUUUCUGUUGCGUUAACACUCUCUCGUCCACUUCUUCCUACGAACCUGAACGAACUAAUCUUCUCAAGUUCACCAGUCACUUUCUUCCCAAAUAUCAUGAAUUGCACUUUUCGGCAGUUGAAACUCUUCCGUUGUAAUGAACUUGUUAGUGUGCAGAUACCAACAACAGUGACAAUGUUAGCAGUGUGCUCUUGCAAAAACUUAACAAGUGUGGGUCUUGUUGGUGUCUCGCUCAGGAAAAUUGAAAUAACCGAGAAUGUUCAGCUCUUAAAUGUUCCUCUCGUUCCUCCUCUUGCGUCAAUAUACCUCUCAAAAAAUCAAUUGUUAAAUCUCGUUCUGCCAGAUAGCAUCAAAAAGGUCAAAGCUGUCCAAUCUCGUAUAUCAAGUCGAACCAAUAUCGGAUUAACGCGGCUCUCCCUGACAGCCUGCAGCGAUAUGCCAAUAUUCGAACUGUUUCCCAACCUUGUACUCAUCACGUUGAUAAGUCAGCUUUUGCCGUCCACCGACUUCCCACGGAGCUUGCAGUCGAUUUUUUUAAACGAUCUCAACCUCUCAAAACUCGAUCUUCAAAAUCACUCAAAUCUUACGUCUCUCACUGUGUGGAAGUGUAACAACCUCACGGGUAUCACAACUCCACAAUGUCUCAUCAAGCUCGACCUUUCCCGAAAUACAUUAUAUACAAACGACAUUUCUAAGAGCAAAAGCCUCAGGGAACUUAAAAUAGUGUCGUGUAGGAUGGUAGAAUUCACACUUCCCCCAUCGGUGAGUGUCUUCGUCAACAACAAAAACACGUUUGUGAAGUAA